GCCGAGCCGUUAGCGCGCGCGCCGUCCGCGUGUCCGUCCGUCGGUCUAUCAAUCGGGGCGUCAGUCCGUCGGCGCACCGCCGCUCCCGCCCAGGCCCCAGCGGCGCCCGGCCCCGUGUCGUCCCGCACCCGGAGCCGCCCGGCAGAGCCGGCUUUGGCGCGGCAGCCAUGUCCAUGGGCCUAGAGAUCGCGGGCACCUCGCUAGCCGUCAUGGGCUGGCUGGGCACCAUCGCGUGCUGCGCGCUGCCCAUGUGGCGUGUGACGGCCUUCAUCGGCAGCAGCAUCAUCACGGCGCAGAUCACCUGGGAGGGCCUGUGGAUGAACUGCGUGGUGCAGAGCACGGGUCAGAUGCAGUGCAAGGUGUACGACUCGCUGCUGGCGCUGCCGCAGGACCUGCAGGCGGCCCGCGCCCUCAUCGUCGUCGCCAUCCUGCUGGCCGCCUUCGGGCUCCUCGUGGCGCUCGUGGGCGCCCAGUGCACCAACUGCGUGCAGGACGACACGGCCAAGGCCAAGAUCACCAUCGUGGCGGGCGUGCUCUUCCUGCUGGCCGCCUUGCUCACCCUCGUGCCGGUGUCCUGGUCGGCCAACACCAUCAUCCGGGACUUCUACAACCCCCUGGUGCCAGAAGCACAGAAGCGCGAGAUGGGCUCCGCCCUGUACGUGGGCUGGGCGGCUGCGGCGCUGCAGCUGCUGGGGGGCGCGCUGCUCUGCUGCUCGUGCCCGCCGCGCGAGAAGACGUACACGGCCGCCAAGAUCCUCUACUCCGCACCGCGCUCCACCGGGCCGGGCACGGGCACCGGCACAGCCUACGACCGCAAGGACUACGUCUGAGGGGGCGGCCGCGGGAAGCCUCCACCACUCCCAAGAGCAGGCGCGCCCACCAGUCCUGCAUGCGACCAUGCAUCGGAGACCAGCCCACCCAGAUGCCAGGCAGCUCUCUCGCUGA